AUGGCGCCUCCACCAACUGUCUCGCCAGUGACAGGCAACCCCGUCCCAGACCACUACCUGCACUCAUCUUCAGUGCACUUCCAGGACACGUCUGGCCGCUCCGUCCUCCUCCGCGGCGUCAACCUCUCCGGCAGCGCCAAGAACCCCCCAAACUGUCCCAGUUGGAGCCAGGAUGGCUUCUGGGAGUCCGCCGAGGCGGGCGGCAAGGGCCAGUGGAUCAACUCGACGCUCAACCUCGACGACGGGAGCGCAGAUGUCCACCUUGCCCGGCUACGUGCAUGGGGCUUUAACAUGCUCCGCUUCGUCUUCACGUGGGAGGCACUGGAACACGAGGGGCCUGGCAAGUAUGACCACGAGUACAUGGACUAUGUGGUCAAGUGUCUCUACAAGUGCAAAGAGUACGGCUUUAGGGUGUUCAUGGACCCGCACCAGGAUGUGUGGUCGCGUUUCUCUGGUGGAUCUGGAGCUCCGAUCUGGACGAUCUACGCCUGUGGUGUGGACCCACACAUGAUUGUCCCGACCUACUCUGCGUUGGUACACGCCGACUACCCGUCGAGGGAGGAGAGCGACCCCGCCUCACUGCCGAGCAUGAUCUGGGCGUCGAAUUAUUACCGUCCGUUCGGCCACACCGUGUGGACGCUGUUCUUUGCCGGACGGGCGUACGCGCCCAAGUGUAUCAUCGAUGGCGUGAACAUCCAGGACUGGCUGCAAGACCACUUUGUCAAGGCCAUCGGCGCUCUCGCGCACCACAUCUCAAAGGCCGAAGGCCUCUUUGAGGAGUGCGUUGUCGGGUGGGACUCUAUCAACGAGCCUGGAGAGGGGCUUAUCGGCGUCAAGGACCUGACUGUUGUCCCGAAGGAGCAAUCUGUUAUUCUCGGUCCCGUCCCCACCCCUCUGGAGAACAUGCGCCUCGCCAACGGCGAGGCCAUCGAGGUUCCCAACUACAGCUUUGGUGGCAUGGGCCCGUACAAGGACGGCACCAGGGUUCUCGACCCCAAGGGCAACAGGCUCUGGCUCACCGAAGAGGCCGACCGCGAGCGCGGUGGUGGCAAGUGGGGCUGGACACGAGGAAAGGAGUGGAAGGUGAACGAGUGCAUCUGGGCGCAGCAUGGCGUUUGGGACCCCAAGACUGGCAAGUGUCUCAAGCCCGCCUACUUCCACACACUCCCGACCGAUCCCAACCACUUCGUCGAGUAUGUCACCGACUUUUGGCGCCAGUACUGGAUGUCGUACGCGUCGACUGUACGCACGUUCCACCCCGAGGCCAUUCACUUCAUGAACACUACCGUCUUCAAGCCGCUUCCCGAGCUGCCCGAGUCUUUCGUGUCCGGUCGCGCGUGCUCGACUCCCCACUACUACGACGGCCUGACACUCAUGACCAAGCACUGGUCGUGGUACAACGCGGACGCGCUCGGUAUUCUCCGCGGAAAGUACUGGACUGUUGCGCAGGGCCUCCGUGUUGGCGAGGCCAACAUCCGCAAGUGCAUCCAGGAGCAGCUCGGUGUAUUGAAACAGGACACUGUCGCGUCGCUGGGAUCAUACCCUACCCUUAUCGGUGAGAUUGGCUGCCCGUACGAUAUGGACGACCGACGCGCCUACGGCUACUCGGAUGGCGGUAAGGGCAAGGGCGACUAUACCUCUCAGACUCGCGCGUGGGACUGCUCCAUCAACGCAUGCGACGGCCCCAACGUCCUCAACUACACGCUGUGGACAUAUGUGCCUAGUAACAGCCACCGGUGGGGCGACAACUGGAACGGCGAGGACCUUUCGCUCUGGAGCAGCGAUGAUACUAGAGCUGCCAGCGGCACCGCAGUGUCAAACUACUCUAUGCGCAGCAGCGACUCUGCCUCCUUCAACCCUUCGACCAGCCUCCUCACACCCUCCAUGGCCUCUUCCCAGACCCUCACCUCUCGCAGCGUAUCGCCCAAGGGCAUCGCUUCCGGCGAGGACGUCACGCCUCAGCUCAUCAUGGACGGCGCGCGUUCCGUCUCUGCGUUCUGCCGCCCGUACCCGGUGUACACCGUGGGCUCACCGGAGCGUAUUGACUUUGACGUCAAGUCGUCGACCUUCAAGCUCCAGGUGCGCGUCAGCCCCGCUGACGCAAACGGCAAGGUCACCGAGAUCUACGUCCCGUUUGUGCACUACGCCUCGCACCUGGACUGGGACACGGUCCCCGCCAAGGGUCUCGGAAGCGACACCGAGACGUCGUCCCAAACCUCGCGCUCGAGCUCCAAGUGCGACCUGUCCAUUUACGACGAGACCCAGCAGGCCCCCGUCCUGCCUCUGCGCUCGGACAGCGCCACGCCCACCGCGAGCACCGGCCUCGAGCUCGACAUUAUCGUCAAGCCGUCAGUGGGCACAUACACCCUCUCGGGACAGUACCUGCACUGGACGUAUCCGAUCCCGCGGCGCGAGACGGUGUAUUCCAUCGAAAUUAAGCGCAACGGAGGCGCAAUGCGCGUCCACGCCGCCACGUUCGAGUCGCCUACUUGGACGGACAUGCUGUAUGCCGCCGCGUGA